UUGUUCUUUCUCUCUUCUUCUUUCUCUGUUCGUCGUGCUGCUGAUGGAAGCGCUUAAUUUUGAGAAAUGGUACUGCUUUCACCUCUCUCUUAAACUCUUAAUUUUUUUUUGAUUUGUGGAUUUGAGUUUUCCUAUGGUUCAAUAUAGGAGUUGAUACUCUGUUUUGCGUUCUAGUGAGGAAUGUGGAGUUAUGAUCUCGAUUGCUCUGUUUGAUAUGCACGAGGGCGGAGAGAAACGAAGUGAAGUGAAGAGAUUCAAGUGCAUUUCGAGGGAGGGGAUUUACUUGCGGAGGCUGGAGUGAUUCAUUUAUGUUGUUGUUGUUGUUGUUGUCUAGGGAGGGGAUUGACCUCCGGAGGCUGGAGUGAUUCCAAGAGCUGUUCGUCACAUUUUCGAAACUCUCGAGUCCCAAAAAGCUGACUACAGUAUGAAAGUCACGUUCUUGGAGCUGUACAACGAAGAAGUCACAGACCUGUUAGCUCAAGAAGACUCUUCAAGAUCUUCUUCUGACGAUAAGCAGAAGAAGCAUGUUUCUCUGAUGGAAGACGGGAAAGGCUGUGUGGUUCUACGCGGUCUCGAGGAAGAAGUUGUGUACAGUGCUAACGAUAUAUACGCUCUUCUCGAACGAGGCUCAUCAAAAAGACGCACGGCGGAUACGUUGUUGAAUAAAAGAAGCAGCCGCUCUCAUUCUGUUUUUACCAUCACGGUGCAUAUUAAGGAAGAGUCUAUGGGAGAUGAGGAGUUGAUCAAAUGUGGGAAGCUUAACCUUGUGGAUCUAGCGGGCUCCGAGAAUAUUUUUCGGUCAGGGUCGAGGGAUGGUAGGGCGAGAGAAGCUGGGGAGAUUAACAAGAGCUUGCUUACGCUGGGGCGUGUGAUCAAUGCGCUUGUGGAACAUUCUUCCCAUAUACCUUACAGGGAUAGUGAGCUGACAAGGCUUUUACAAGACUCUCUAGGAGGGAAGACAAAGACUUGUAUCAUUGCUACAAUCUCACCAUCUGCUCAUUCCUUGGAAGAAACUUUAAGCACUUUGGAUUAUGCCUAUCGUGCCAAGAACAUUAAGAACAAACCUGAGGCAAACCAGAAGUUAACCAAAGCUGUGUUGCUUAAAUACCUUUACUUGGAGCUUGAGAGAACAAAAAAAGAUGUAAGAGCGGCAAGGGAUAGAAAAGCUUUACACACAUUACUUUCUCAUGUAUAUCAUCAGAUGAGCUAGUAGAUUUCCAAUACUGCUUCAACCAUUUUCAGUUACAUCUACAACCAAGCUCACACCAA